AUGAGUCGCUCUGGACCAUCGUCUGGGAGGCGUGGUAGGCCGCCAAAUCCUAUCGCCGAUUUCAAGGGCAAGAGUAGAGCUAUGCCCAUCGACCUCACAACCUCGCCCAUCUCAGUCCACUCGUCUCUAAAGGAUGGAGAUGAGGAGGAAGAUGAGUUUGAGGAGGUUGAGAUCCCAGCUGCAACGUCGGCCUCGAUGCCUGGCACUCCGGCGACCGGCACCCCGGCAGACGUCGGCACCAGUGCCGGGGAAGGUGGAUAUCCAGACACCGACGAGGAGGAUGACAACCAGGUCAUCCGGUUAGAGAUAGGAGGGGAGACAGAGGAGGAGAAGGCCAAGCGGAUUGCAAUGGCGAUGCGCAAGAAGCCCAUCACCGCCAGGGACCGUGCUGUACGCCUCGAGAUCCACAAGCUGCAUGUCAUCGCCCUUCUAGCGUCAGCAAGGAUACGAAACAACUGGGUGUCCGAUGAGCUCUUACAGUGUCGCCUCCUCUCCCUGUGUCCACUCCGACUCGCCGCAGAUUUGGUCGUCUCGCCCAAGCGCUUUCCCGACCGCGCGCAGCGCAACCGGCUAUUCCUUGAUGCGCUGCAAGAGCUUGUGACGUGGUGGUCGCACGACUUCUUCGACAUCUCGGAUCCCCUGCUUGGCCUCCGCGCGCGUUCGUGGGACGACGUGCAGGAAAUCAUUGAGAGGAUGCCUCGACUCUCGCGCAGUGACAUCCUCGGGGGCGUGUUCUCGAAGAAAGUCGAGACGCCCCAGAAGAAGAGGGGCAAAGGCAAGGCGAUGGAGGACCCGAUCCUUGCGAGGCUCGAAGAGGAGCUCGGCGGUGAGCGCUUGCGCUCGGUCAACUCUCUGGCCAAGAAGGCACUCCAGCAGGAGGGUUCACGCGACAUUUCCGCGCAGCUCUUCGUUGCUCUUGCACGAGCUUGUGGCCUCGGUGCUCGACUGAUCGUCAGCAUCCAGGCUGUGCCGUGGCGGGCUGAGAAGGUGGUGCCUAAGAAAAAGGGCGCGGGGAGCCGGGCACGCAGCAAUGCUCUCCGACAGGGGAUGGGCGAAGACUACACCGACAGCCAAGAGGACGACCUGGAAGAAGUUCCCAUCCCAGGCGUGUCCGGCCCGGACACUCCAAGAUCCCAGAAGACCAACAUGCCCCCUGGGUGGCGGCGCAACAGGCCCAAGGACCCUGCGGACAUGUACCGUCUCCGACAGCCCAAGCCGCCACCACAGACUGUUGGCUCCAAACCGAAGCGCAAGAAGAAGGAAGACAUGAUGGCGCAGCCACCAGUGUUUUGGGCGGAAGUGUACAACCGUUCUGAUCAGCGCUGGGUGCCAGUCGACCCUGUCAACGGCAUCAUUCGAAAGAAGGCGCACUACGAGCCGCAGUCUGACAGCGGGCCAGUUCGCCUAGUCUACAUUGUGGCAUUCGAGGAAGACGGUUAUGCACGAGACGUCACACUGCGGUACGCGAGAAACUUUGCCGCAAAGACAUGCAAGCUGCGUCCUCCAGCCAGGGCAGGGGAACCGGACUGGUGGUCGGAGAUCACCGAGUUCCUGCAGCGUCCACUACGUUUGAAUCGAGACGACCUCGAAGACGCCGAGCUCGAGAGCAGCCAAGCGUCGGAGGGCAUGCCGCAGCACAUGUCUGGCUUCAAGGACCAUCCUCUUUACGUUCUCGAGCGUCAUCUGAAGCAGCAGGAGGUGAUCCAACCUAAGCGUGAGGUUGGGCGGUUCAAGGGCGAACCCGUUUACCGCCGUGCCAAUGUGCUGUCGUGCCGGACUGCGGAAAACUGGAUGCGUGUCGGGCGUCGAGUGAAGGAGCGGCAAGAGCCAAUGAAGUGGAUUAAGCAGCGCGCCGUGACGAUCCAGAAGCGUCGCGCACAGGAACUCGCAAUGCAGGAGACGGGCGAGGCUAUCCAGCAGGGACUGUACGCCGAGAACCAGACUGAGCUCUACAUUCCGCCACCAAUUGUCGACGGCCAGAUCCCGCGAAACGCGUUUGGCAACAUCGACCUCUAUGUCCCGACCAUGCUCCCUGCUGGUGCUGUCCAUCUGCCUUACAAGGGCAUUGCGAAGGUGGCCAAGAAGUUGGGCGUCAGCUUUGCAGAGGCAACAACAUCGUUCGAAUUCAGGAAGCAGCGCGCGCGGCCAGUUCUCACAGGCAUCGUUGUGGCUGCGGAUAAGGAGGAGGAAGUCCUCGGGGCGUACUGGGAGUCCAAUGCUGCGGCUGAAGAACGCGAGCGAACCAAGCGCGAAGAGCGGGCUCUCAAGCGUUGGGCCAAGCUCAUGAACGGCAUCCGGGUCCGCCUCCGUCUGCGAGCAGAGUACGGAGAGAUCGAUGAUGAUGAAGAAAACGAGAACCCCAUGGCACGGGCUGGCCAGGAACCGACCCGAACCGCUGGAUCCAUCAUUGCGCUUGCAAACCAACAGGCGUCAUCAGCAUGGGUUGACCGCGUCCGCGAACCGACGCCUGAGGCUAUGCCUGUUGUUGAGGAGAACGGCCAUGAAGGGAAACGAGGGGGACAGAGCAUCGCGGAACUACUGGCAGCAGAGCCGAUGGAGGUGGAUGCGGGGCAGGAGAAUGGCCAUCACGAGCCAGAUGCUCCACCAGUUUCGCCUCCACCUCCUCCGGCACCUGUCACACCGAGAAUCACUCUCCGAAUACGAUCACAAGCUGCUACGCCUGCGGCUCCGACGCCACCACCUGAGCCCAAGCCAGCGCUCACGCGCUCAGGGCGACCCAAGCGAGCCACAGCGAACAGCAGGAAGGUAUCUGCGAAGAUCAAGAUACCUGCGAAGCGCUCGACACGCUCCCUGAAGCGUAAGGCUAGUGAGGAUGACGAGAGCGAGGCGGAUAGCGGCGACCUUGAGCCCACGGGAGGGCGGAACGGACGCCGCAAUCACCAACCUCCACCUGCUCCGAGCGGACGAGUGUUAAGAAGCCGUGUAGCCAAGCAGCAGCAGAGUCUGCGCGAGGCAUCAUCCAGCGAGUUCUCAGAAGAGGAGUACGCCUAG